CCGAUCCUGGGCCAGGGGUGAGGCUUGGUGGGUCCUGGGGGCUCCGAGGAGACCGAGGAGGGGACUGGGAGAUCCGUUCCCCGGAAAGUCGACUAAAGAAGCGGAACCGGGUUGGGAGGCCAGGGAGGAAACUGGGAGUACGAGCUGAGUCUGGUAAUCUUGAGGAGGAACCCGGGACCGCGGUAUCCAGACACUCCUAUCAGUACGGCCAGGGCCUCGGGUGUGGCCCGUGGGCGUAACCUUGAGGUUGACCCGGACUGUUACUUGGAGCAAGCUCUGCGAGGGAGUAUUUUGCCUGUUUUGACCCGGAUGAAGCGGGGCUGCAGGCGCUGUGUGUAUAUGUAUAUGUGUAUGUGUGUGUGUGUGUACACGCGCCGAAUGGGAGUAGUCUCCUGCGCAACCUGCUGCAUUUUAGGACUCUUCCUUUUUCCAAAAGAAGAGCUCAAAAGAGAAGGUUCAUCUCUUACAAAUCUCAAAGCCAUGCCUCAGGGAUCAGUGUCAUUCAAGGAUGUGACUGUGGACUUCACCCAGGAGGAGUGGCAGCAACUGGACCCUGCUCAGAAGGCCCUCUACAGGGAUGUGAUGUUGGAAAACUAUUGCCACUUCGUCUCUGUGGGGUUUCACAUGACUAAGCCUGAUAUGAUCCGCAGGUUGGAACAAGGAGAAGAGCUAUGGACAGAGAGAAUUUUUCCAAGUCAGAGCUACCUAGAAGAAGAUGAAAGGAAGGCUGAAGGUCUUCUAGUGAAGUUCAAAGAAUACCAAGACAAGCAUUCUAGAUCAGUUGUGUUCAUCAACCACAAAAGACUAAUUAAGGAGAAAAGUAAUAUUUAUGGUAAAACACUUACUCUAGGCAAAAACCAUAUUAUUUCAAAAACACUAUGUGAAUAUAAACCUGAGGGAAAGGUUUUGAAAAAUAUUUCAGAAUUGGUCAUUAGAAAUAUAAGCCCCUUGAGAGAAAAGUUUGGAGUGAGUAAUGGAUGGGAGAAAUCACUCCUCAAUACUAAGCAUGAAAAAAUUUAUCCUAAAGUCAAUCUCCAUAAACAAACAGAAAAAGAUCUCAGUGGUAAACAGGAACUUAUUCAGCAUCAGAAGGUUCAAACUCCAGAACAACCAUUUGAGCAUAAUGAAUGUGAGAAAUCCUUCCUUAUGAAAGGAAUGUUAUUUACACAAACUAGGGGUCACAGAGGAGAAAGAACCUUUGAAUACAAUAAAGAUGGAAUUGCCUUCAUAGAAAAGUCAAAUCUCAACAUCCAUCCACACAGUCUUAUGGAAAAGAAGCUCUCUGCCUACAACAAAUAUGGGAAAUUCCUCUGUAGAAAGUCUAUAUGUAUUAUGCAUCAGAGAUCUCAAAUCGAAGAGAAACCCUUUCAAUGUCCUUACUGUGGGAAUAGCUUUAGAAGGAAGUCUUACCUCAUAGAACAUCAGCGAAUCCAUACAGGUGAGAAACCUUAUGUUUGUAAUCAAUGUGGAAAGGCCUUCCGUCAGAAGACAGCCCUCACUCUUCAUGAAAAAACACAUAUAGAAGGGAAACCCUAUAUUUGUAUUGAUUGUGGGAAGUCCUUCCGCCAGAAGGCAACUCUCACUAGACAUCACAAAACACAUACAGGGGAGAAAGCUUAUGAAUGUACUCAAUGUGGAAGUGCCUUUAGAAAGAAGUCAUACCUCAUUGAUCACCAGAGAACUCACACAGGAGAGAAACCGUAUCAGUGUAAUGAGUGUGGAAAGGCAUUUAUCCAGAAGACAACCCUCACUGUACAUCAGAGAACUCACACAGGAGAGAAACCCUAUAUUUGUAAUGAAUGUGGAAAGUCUUUCUGCCAAAAAACAACCCUUACUCUUCAUCAGAGAAUUCAUACAGGGGAAAAACCCUAUAUUUGUAAUGAAUGUGGGAAGUCCUUCCGCCAGAAGGCAAUCCUCACUGUUCAUCACAGAAUACAUACAGGAGAAAAAUCCAAUGGAUGUCCUCAGUGUGGGAAGGCCUUUAGUAGGAAAUCAAACCUCAUUCGCCAUCAGAAAACUCACACAGGAGAGAAACCUUAUGAAUGUAAAGAGUGUGGGAAGUUCUUCAGUUGUAAAUCUAACCUCAUUGUCCAUCAGAAGACUCACAAGGUAGAAACCAUAGGAAUUCAGUAAGUGAUGGGACUUUCUUUGUAAAAAACUUUUAAGUCAUAGUAAAUCCUAUAUAUGAUGUUGCUUGUAAGUGUAAUAAUAUCCAGCAGUUUAAAAUACUAUAUUACAUAUUCCCUGGUAUUUUCUAGGAUAGCACCUAGCCUGUAAAACACACACAAAGUAUUACUAAUGACAAAAAAAUCACUGAAAAUAAAAGCUCCAAGUUUCUAUUAUUGGAUUCAGAUGAAAACUCUGUCAAAUUGCUAUAAACAUUUUAAGUGGUUUAUUUUCAAUCUCAAUAUAUCUUUUUUGUAAACCAGUAAUAAACAGUUGGCCAACUGGCAGUGUUCCGUGGACUACACCGUUGAGUAGAAGUUCUAUAAAAAAAGCAUGUGUGUUUUCAAUAUGGACAAAGCAGAGCGGGGAACAAAGGAAGUGUAAACUGUAUUUCUCAUCGUAAAUAUGAAACAAAAAUUAGUUGUUACCUCUUCAGAGAGAACCACAGUCUGACUUUUGACAUUAUAAAUCAGCUUUUACAUAUUAUAUUACAUAUAUAUCAGAUUAUAUAUUAUUGUGUAUAAUUUUAUAUAUGGCUUAUUUCAUUCAUUAUUAUGUCUCCAAGUCUAAUCACUAGUGCAUGUGGCAGAAGUUUAUUUAUUUUUAUUCUAUAUAUAAUUCCAUUAUAUGAUUAUAUAACAACUUAUCCAUUCUGUCAAUGGACUUUUACACUGUUUACAUCUUAGGGUAAUAAUAAAUAAUAUUUCUGAAAACCUAUUUGUCUUUUGCUGUACAUAUAUGUAUUUCUCUUGUGUAUAAUAUUUAUAAAUAGAAUUGCUGGGUCUUAAAGCGUAACUAUGUUCAGUCAGCUUUGGUAGAUACAUCCAAAAAUUCAGAACUUUUUUUGAGACAGUCUCACUAUGUCGUCCUCAUAGAGAGCCAUGGCAUCACAACUCACAGCAACCUCACACAGGAGAGAAACCUUAUGGGCUUAAGCGAUUCUCUCGCCUCAGCCUCCUGAGUAGCUGGGACCACAGGCACCCACCAAAACACCUGGCUAAAAAAUUCAGAACUUUUAUAGCAUGAGAUAAUUCACUCUAAAGGGAAACAACUAUUAAUUUUAUCAAUAUGGUGGUAGGUCAAACCAGAGAAUCCAUGCCAGAGGGAAACUGUUAUUUUGAUAACAGGGAAUGUGAAUGGAAUACAUAUAAGAAAGGUUUUUGGUGACAAUCCAAACCUUAAUAUAAUACCAGACAUAAGUAGUAAAUGUGAGAUUGACUUUAGCCAUAGUUAAUGCCCUAUUUGAAAUCAAAUAGUCAUACUAGAGAAAAGGAGGUAUCCAGGAUUUCCCCUUGUUCAACAUUUGAGAAUUUUAACUGGAGAAAAAUCCUGUAAUUAUAUUGAAACUGGGGGACUCAGAGGAAUAUAAUACUUACCUGCAGCCUGUAUCUGCUGCCAACUAUCCUAAGUCAUCCUCUUUGGUUGUCCUGAGUCUUUCUCAGGGACUAAGGCUUUUCUUCUUUUUAAGUCCCUCUUUUGGACAGAACCCAUCUCCCAGUUCACCCAAGACAACAUUCUGGGAGAUCCCUUUCAUGAGGGAAGGGAACCCUCAUGUGGCAUGCUGCGCGAUCACACAGAUCUGGUUUUGCAUGCCUUGUGCCCACAGGGGAACCUUGGUCAUGAUGCCCCUUCAGAUGGCUGCAUGAUUCACACUGGAUGAGAUGUACCCCAAGGUGUUGGGCCAUUGGCUUGGUAUCACUAGGCUGUUUCCUUUCAUCUACCUUCUGCUCUUGGUUGAUGUGUGUAGCAGGGAAGCCACGUUCCUAGGGGCAAGGGUGUGGGGCUCAGGUCGCAGCGCUGCUUCUAGGCUAAAGAAGGACUAGGGUUUGAGUGGGUGCAGGUGUGGAUUCCAGUUGUUGAAGGCAGGGCUGUUUUCACUUCUCAGAGCUCUUUUGCCUUUAGGUGAAAUACCCUCCUCUUCCCUGGGACUCCAGCAGUGGUACUGUGUGGUCCCAGUUAUGCUCUGCCUCUCCUUGACUUUCUUGGGGCCUUCAGAGGCUCCUCCAUGCAGACCUGUAUCAUUGACAGUAUGGGCAUAGCCCAGGCCUGCUUAUGAAACACCAGCUUCACUCUACCUGCUCUUUUGAAAUCCUUUAUUUAUUUAUUUAUUUUUUUUGAGACAAGAGUCUCAUUUUGUUGCCCUCGGUAGAGUGCCAUGGCGUUACAGCUCACAGCAACCUCCAGUUCUUGGGCUUAGGCAAUUCUGUUGCCUCAGCCUCCCGAGUAGCUGGGACUACAGGCGCCCGCCACAACGCCCGGCUAUUUUUUGGUUGCAGUUUGGCCAGGGCUGGGUUUGAACCCGCCACCCUCGGUAUAUGGGGCCGGUGCCCUACCCACUGAACCACAGGAGCUGCCCGUGCCCUUCUGAAAUCCUAUUUCCCCUAGUGGCCUACCUGUGAUCACCUUUGCAGUCCCUUGGACUUGCGUAGGUCCAUGUUCCCACCUUUGUUGAGCAGUGGUGGGGA